AUGUCAGCUAUCCGUGUCGUCCACCCCAACCCCGACGUCAAGCGCGGCGUACAGUACUGGGAAGGCGUCGAAGCCAGCGUCGAAGGCGUCCUUGGCGGUUUUGGUCAUGUCUCUCGCGUCGAAUCACUAGGCUCUCGAUCCUUCCUCCUUAGCGUACUACCACAUCUCUCCUUUUGCGCUCCUGCAUCGUCUAACGUCGCACCAUUCCAAUGGAAGAAGGGUAAAGUAGCAGAACGAGGUGGUAAGGGCAAAGCUCACACUCGGGCUCUCGACUGCGGUGCAGGUGUAGGAAGGGUCACUCAGCACAGUCUGAUUCCGAUCUUUGACGAGGUUCACAUGGUCGAACCUGUCGCCAAGUUUCUUCUCGAAGCAAAGAAGCAGUCUUCUUCAUGGCCUCAGAUCCAAACACCCCCCAGCAAGUCUCCUUUCCAAGCGCGCAAAGCGGUCCAUUUCCAUUGCUCAACAUUGCAAGAUAUUGAACCUAGCCGACCGUACUCUACUGCACAGCCAGUAGAGGGAAGCAAUACGAUCCCGCCUACUGUAUCUGUCGAUGAUGAGCAGUUCAGCACAGAACUACCAGCAACAGAUGUAAAGAAAGGUGGCGUGGCAGGAUCGAAAGUAGAGCCCAUGACCUAUGAUCUGGUCUGGGCUCAAUGGUGUUUGCAGCAUCUCUCGGAUAAGGAUUUGAUAGCUUUCCUCAAACGAUCGAAAGCGGCACUCAAACCGGGAGGAAUCAUCGGCGUCAAGGAAAACGUGUGUAGCGAAGAGACAGACGGUACUGAGCGUGUAUGGUACGAUGACGAGGACCAUAGCAUCACUCGGUCAACAAAGGCUUACGAGAGGGUGUUCAAGGAAGCUGGUCUCGAGAUUGUCAAGUGCCAGGUCCAAUUUGGUAUGCCCGCAGAACUCUUCGUUGUCAAGAUGUGA